GCAACGUGUAUUUUGUUCGGCAUUUGUAUGACGCAUUGCAGUCUUGUAACUACAGACAGGUAUUCAACUCUCGGGUCUAUGCACGCCCUACCCACCGGACCCCAAAUGAGCGGCCUCCUGCGCGGCGCAGACGCCCUACUCAAAACCGCUAGUUUCCUCUCCCAGCUCAUCAUGAUCCACCGCUGCUGGGCGGUGUGGGACCGUGUGUGGGCGGUCGUCUACGCACCCGCCAUCAUGGCCUUCGCCGCAUACGUGUGCGCCAUGAACGGCCCGGCGAGCUUUCCCGCGUCCAAGUUCCGCUCCCCGUUCGUCGCCCCGCGCAACCUGCCGUACGACAUGGCUUUUUGUGUGCUCUCUCUGGCGGUGUACACGCUCGUGACGGCACUGAUCGUGUACCGGCUGCGACGUAUGUCGGCACCCGUGCGGAGCGUCAAGACCGUGGAGGAGCUCUUCUGCUCGCUUGUGCGGGGCAUGAUUGAGACGGGCGGGCUGCUCGCGGUCGCGCAGCUCUUCGUCCUGAUCUUCCUUGUGCUCGGGCACCCGGCGCUGGUCAUAAUCGAGUCUAUCGCUGCUCAAAUAUAUGGAAUUGGACCAACGGUGAUGAUCAUCCGUCUCGGGAUGAGCGCGCUCCCAGAACGGCGCCUCCGCGAGACGUCGCCGCUCCAGUUCAGCAGCGUCCUCAUCGGCACGAUGACAGGUACCUCCGACUUCCACGACGACAUCGAGUUCGCGGACGUCUCCUCCGAGUCCCACGACGGCGCUCCCCUCACCCCCACCCACCUCAAGUCGUCACUCAGGCCGUCGUAGCGACAGCCGUUUUGCUCGGGCUCUUCGGAACUGUGCACUUUGCCAGCGCGAUCCCCGCCCGUAAAUGAAUGGGCCGACGCGUAGCCACGCGCCCCCAUCAUUACACCACCCCCGAUGCCGGAAGCGUCGCGUCCCUCCAUCGGGCAGCCGAGCAGAAACUGUCAACGCGUUGACGGAAGCUCGCGGGAAGACCGGGCGGGCGCUCCGCCACAGUCCACCUGUCACUGCGGCUUUGUUCGCCGGGCGUCCCUCGGCUCGGACGCGGUGGCCCGGGGAACGGCGCACACGGGCAGCUUGCCCUGCUCCCCGAUGUGAGGCCUGUGCGCAGCUUGGAGACUGCGCCCUUGCGAUCCGGGUGCAGUCGGAUAUGUUGGGUGGAUUUGAACGCGUAGGUUCGGUGCCCGACGUCGUACAUAUGUUGAUUGGUAGGCGGCCCUUUGCCUCGGGACUUGGGUCGGAUGGUGAACAUAGGAUAUACCAUGGACGAUUGGAUGCUCCGUGUAGGAUGGCGCGUUAGACUUGAAGGCACCAGAGAGGACUUUUGCAGAUUCACCCUAGUAUAAUUUGUAUUUUUAGUUGAACGCAGGCCCUCCGUACUUACCAUGGACAUAGUAUGAUGGCCUGCCACCCGCCCCGUUACAUACCACUUCCUUGCUAUGCACGCUAUCACAUACUCCUGC